GGUUGAAUGUAUAAAGAUUGCCCGAAGCUGCCCAUGUGUGGACAGUUCUCGUUCGACAUCUUUCUGUUACGGAUUCUUUCUCUAGGGCUACGAUUUUCGCGAAAACGGUAGCAAAAAUGUCUGGAGACGAUAGCUAUCUUUACCGGGUUCCGAGCGUGGAGAAAAAGCCGGACAAGUACGAGGACAAUUACUGUGAGUUGAGUGAAAUGUGCCGGAAGAUUGCGGCUGAAGAACUGCGGGAAACAGAUGAAGUCCGGAAGCAAAGUCUGGAACAGUUUCGGGAUUGGAUCGCCAAGCAUCCGCACAUCAAAAAAUGCCGAACGGAUACUCAGUUCCUGUUAAGGUUCCUGCGCAGUCGAAAGUUUAUAAUGAACAGUGCCAUGGAAAAUCUGGAACGAUUCCUGGUAGCCAAAGCACUUCAUCCGGAAUGGUUCAGCCGACUGGACAUCGAAGACCCAGAGCUGGCUGCCUUAGUCGAUACCGGUUAUCUGUACCCAUUGCCGGAGAAAGACGCCAAAGGACGGCGAAUCAUCUUCAACGAUACCUCCCGAUUGGAUCCGACCAAGUUCAAAGCUUCCCACGUCAUUCGCAUUCAUCUGCUAGUGAAUGAACUUUUGUUCGACCGGCCGGAUGUUCAGACGGCUGGAGUGAUUCUGGUUUACGAUCUGACCGGCAUGACGAUGUCUCAGCUUAGUUUGGCGUCGUUGAACGAAAUUAAAACCAUUGCAUCGUACUCGAUCAAGGCGCUGCCUUUGAGACUGAGGGAGUGCCACUUCGUGGGAGCACCUGGAGCAACGAUGACGAUUGUCAAUUUCACACUGCAGCUGUUCAGUGAGAAGCUGAGGCAGCGAAUUUUCCUAUACCAAUCCUGGGACGAGUUGUACGCCAAGGUGGACCGAAAUCUGCUACCGAAAGAGUUCGGCGGAAAGAUCCCGAAGGCAGAAUGUCUGGAUCAAUUUAAGCAACAGUGCCACAAGGCUCGCGACAGGUUGCUGAAAUCCGAGGAGAUGCACAUUGAAAUCACCAAAGAUUCCAAGUACUGGCAGGAUACGACCGAUGCCGAACUCGAAAGUGGUGCCAUCGGAACCUUCCGGAAGCUGACCGUGGAUUGAGGGGGUUGAGAAGGCCUAGAACUGUAUUGAGGUGCUAGUUUUUAAGGGCUAUUUACUGGGAUGUUGCAACUACAUGUAAUUUGAUUGAUCUUUUUUUUUAUCAUCAUGAUAUGCCACGCUGAACGUUCAAGAAAGUCUAGUUUUUGAGGAAAUAAUAAAAUCACAAUAAAUUAAUAAUAAACCAAAUUAAACUGAUAACUUGAUUUUAAAGUGAUGAAAUGCCGAUGAAUUUCCAUAAAAUAAUCGAAGUUAUUACGAAACCUAUCAAGUUGGAUUUCUUUUUUUCCUCUCUAACUUACGAAGAAUUAAACAAAAUUGAGGGAUCAGAAUUCAGUUUAAGUAUUAUUGAGCAUGGUUAAAAAUUCAAUUUAUCUAUACAAGUGAUACAUUUUACUAAGUAAAAUAUCUCUAAAAUCAUAGAAUUCCAACAAACCAGAUUAUUGAAUUAUUUAAUGAAAACGCUAUUGUUCGAAUUCCUAACAAUUCUCAAUCCGGUUAAGACUGCGAAAUUUUCAUGUUAUGUAUCAAGUCGUUUUCUAUGCUACCAAGAAAUUACGUUCAACGUGUGAUCACCGAGAUAACCUUUGAAUUGAUUAAUUGAACAGUUGUGGGAAAAUUUGUUAUG